AAAAUGGAUUUUAAACCUACGCCUGCGGUCAGGAGGAGCAGAGUCUGACAAUGCCCGCGUCUGCGGUGACCACUUCCUCCAAGCUCCUUAGAUGAGGUUGAGUCGGAAGACUGGGCUCCAACGGUCAACCUCUGUUACCAGAAGUCUAAGCCCAAGUCAGAAGCCUCUCUUCAACGGGAUCAGAGGAUGAAGCUAAAGGAAGACAAACAAAAACGGUAUGAUUGUGCAGAAACUCUGUUGGAUCUUCAGAUACCAGACAAGCAGAGAGUUGAGAGCUCUGAACCAACGCUGACACCUGACCACCCACAGUCCGAGCGCAUCGGUGUGAUUGAGACGUUUAAUGAUGGAGGCUACGCAGAUGCCGGGACCCAGACAGAGCUUACGAUGAAGGACAUUGAGAAGAUGGAGGACGUUCUGAGACAGAACACAACAGAGCUGGCAGAUCUUCACUCCAAAAAACUGGACACAAAUUUUUGUCAGAACUCAUUUGAAAAAAAAAAUGAGGACAAGACUAAAUUCUACAAGGGACUCCCCAACUUUUUAGUUUUAUUGCAGAUUUUUGAGCUGUGUGAGCCCUACAUCACCUAUGGCCCCAUGUCUGUGCUGUCUAAAUUUGAACAGUUUAUGUUAGUUUUAAUUAGGUUGAGACUAAAUCUCCCACUGAAAGAUUUAGCUUUCAGAUUCAAGAUUUCUCUGUCCAGUGCUUCCAGAAUUUGGCAUAAAUUAAUUGACAUACUUUAUGAAAUACUAGAAUUUCAAAUUGAGUGGUCAGAGCGACAUGUACUUCAUGCAACAAUGCCAAUGUCAUUCAGAGAGGCAUUUGGAAAUAAAGUUGCUGUGAUAGUUGAUUGUUUUGAAGUUUUCAUUGAGAGGCCCUCUAAUUUAUUAGCCCAAGCACAAACUCGGUCAAAUUAUAAGCACUAUCAUACUGUAAAAUUUCUAAUUGGAGUUGCGCCCCAAGGCUAUGUUACAUAUAUAUCUUGUGCCUGGGCAGGGAGAGUCAGCGAUAAGCAGAUUACAUUAGAGAGUGGCCUCUUAAAAAACUUGUUGCCUGGAGACAUUAUAUUAGCAGACCAAUUUUACCGCAAAGACUACAACUCCCAUGAUGCUUUGCGGCGCCAGCGCGGAGCAGACGCGCCCCCUCCUUUGUGUUUUUUCAGCGCCGAGGCAGUCAGAGGUAGUUGGGUGUCUGCAGCUCCGCUGUCUCGGACAAACUACACUCCUCUCAGCGCCGAGUUCACUCAGCUGUUUUCUGACGUUGAAGCCCAGAAACGGAGAUUCUAACCGCUCAGUAAUGUGUUCACGACUGAAAGAGAAAGUUUUCAAACUAACGUCCAGACAGAGCUGAUAUAACUUCAGCAAGCAGCGACACGCUCAAACCAGCACGACUCUGUGGCUGCUGUCGUGUUUCCUCCCUGACACAACAACGUGGUCAAGCUGCUCAGACAUGUUCAUCAGCACAAACCUAUGUGAGCACCUGUUGUCAUCUAAUGUUGUCAUUAUUAUGAUGAAGAUAAACAAAACAAUAGGAGCCUCCUCCUCAGCUCAGAUCAGCCCCAUGAUGCAGGUAUCUGGCUGGAACAGGUGAGCAUCACAGUAAACCAGUGGAGCAAACUGAGCUUUAAAUAUGUUGGAUUUAUGCUCUUUUUCUGCUCCAAAACAUGAAAGUUAACAGGUGAGAUGUUGCAUUUUCAUUUAAGAUAAAAUGAUAUUUUUAUUUUGUUGUUGUUCCGUGAGAAAAGAUUUAACCUACAGUAAACAGGAAGUGGAAAGGCUGCAGAUAGAUGAAUAGAAUAGAAAAUCCCUUUAUUGUUCCUCAGUGGGGAAAGCUAGAUGUCACAGCAGCGAUGACACUUAUUACAGGAGAAAAAAAAGGAGAAUAAAAAUAAGAAAAAUGA